UACUAUUUUUAAAACCUUAUGUGAAAUAGUCCAAUGGUCUAAAUAACCAUACUUUUUGCACCAUCUAUUUGACCUGGGAAAUAGCUAUUCUGUAGCCUCGGUACCAACAGAGUUGUCAAGACAACACAAAGUUGUCAAGACAACAAAAGCAAAAAUAACUUAAGAUGCCACAUGUAACACAAUACUGUCUCAAACCAAAAAGUGGGAUUAGCACUAACUAGUGCCAAGUCUCUGUCUGGGUGUACUGGUGCCGUCGCCCUCGCUCCUCCUACAGCCGGCUUGACGCUCUGACGCUAGAAUAUUAUUGUACACGGAAAAGGCAGAUCAGAAUCGGCAGUGAGAAAUGGCGAUGUUUCGGAGCUUGGACUCAGGGUUGAAAAAGACGAGCGGCGCAGAAAGCGAGAGGGACAUAUCAGAAUUCGUCUGCCCCGUAUGCCUUGAGAUAUACGAUCGCCCUAUGACCACACAAUGUGGUCACACGUUCUGCUCGAGCUGUCUGCAGGAGUGCCUGCGUCCUCAGAAGCCAGUGUGUGCCGUGUGCCGGACUGCGCUCACCAAGUGGACAGCCUCUGUCGGGCUGGAGGCCCACAUUCAGAACUCCCAGGGCACCUGCAAGGGCUGUUGUGCACAGGUGUACCUGUCCCAGAUGCGCAGUCACACUGCAGCCUGCCCCAAGUUUCAGGAGUACAUCAUGGAAGGGGUCAGCACAACUGCCAAAUUGCAGCCUUCCCGACUCAGCGCUGUGCCAAACCGCUUCACCUUCACCUGUCCGUACUGUGGCUCCCAGAACCUUGAUCAGGAGGGGCUAGUGGAACACUGCAAUGCCCAGCACUCACGUGACCCACGCCAGGUGGUGUGUCCAAUCUGCGCUUCGAUGCCAUGGGGAGACCCAAACUACAAGAGCGCCAACUUCUUCCAGCACUUAAAGAUGCGCCACACUUUCUCCUACGAUACUUUUGUGGACUAUUCUGCAGACGAGCAUGCUAUGAUGCAAGAGGCUCUUCAGCGCUCCAUGCUGGACAACUAGUCAUCUACAGGGGGCAGAGUGAGGUCUCGGAUAACCAGUGCUGGCAGGGUUAACAUGUACAGCGAAGGGGGGAGGAUUCCUACUUGCUUCACAGCACUGUUCAAUAAAGAGAUCAAUACAAACUGCAUUCCAACCUAUUCCCUCCCUGUUCCUUUGGGGGACAGACACAAAAGCACUGGUAUGUGUUUUGCCCUUUUCCUUUACCAUUAUUAGAAGACAUUUAAAUAGGAUCUACCCCUCUGAGCAUGUAACCCUGUUUGCACACACUCUCUACGUCUGAUGCAGGGGCAAGGGAAUGGAUACAGUGUGUACAGUAUUGGUCUGAAGUAUAAAGAGGGUGUGCAAACAGUGUGUGUGUUUGUUAGGAUAAGGUCACAAAAUUGAGGGUAUCUUAGAAUCAGAAUCAUUCUAACUUGAUGAUCAUUUGCCUGGUGACAACGGGAUACCUUAGGCAGAAUAGGUUUGUUGAGAAAAGAUAUGCAACAGCAUGUUCAGUGCAAUUGAAUUGCAAAGACUCUUCUUGGUAGAGGUGAAGCAGUGAGCAAGAAUGAAUUGUGAUCAAGAACGCUGAAGAUAACAAAGCCCCCUGAAAAAUCCCAUUGAGAUCACAUUAUAAUACCAGUGUAGUACUGUGCCCUGAAAGAACACUAGCACACACAUGGAUUAAGCUGCAAUACUUCACUGCACACUGUUACUGAUGUGCUACCAGAGUUUGUGUUAGUCGAUCCUGUUGUGAUUCCAUACCUAAAUGUGUUACCACUGUGGUUUAUAGCAUUGUAGCUGGCCAUUGCUACCAUUGUCUCGUAGUACAGAACCAUUGCAUAUCCAUUGAAGAUUAUUUGGUUAGAGAGGCUGUUGUAAUAAAUUAGAUAUGUACGUUUGUCCUCUAGCAACAGCUGCUUAUGAAGGCAGCAUUUUGGAGAGUGCUAGAGUAGGGUUUUUUGCUGCAUUUUCAAUGUACAAAAAUAGCCGAAAUUAGCCGUGUAGGCAGUCUUUUAGUACAGCCUCUAAUAAACUGUGAAUUAAAAAAACAAAAAACAAAAAAAGCAUUCAUGACCUUUUACUGGUAAUAAUCUUGUUAGAGCUUUAGAAUUGUGUUUCCCUGUCAUUAGAAAGCUACUGUUGUGUACAAGCGAGAGGAAAGUGCUGUAUUUCAGUGGUGCUCUUGUAUAUUGGAUUGCCCUGUUCAUGUUUCUAAAUUACUCCUACAUGACUGAAUCCAUACCAGACUACUGUGUGUUAUACUUAUGAUGCAUUCUACAUAUAUGCUUGGCAUUUGUAUUUUUUGUUUGUGAACCUUCCUCUAUACUUCUUGUGUAAGGAAAGUAUAUUUACCAUGUAUAGUAAAAUAAAUACAUGGUAAAUACAACAAAAUUGGCUCUUUUUUCAAUCAAUGAAUACAUAAAUAUAUUCCCAUAUGUCAUACAAAUAUGGGUCUUCCAUUCAAUUUAAUAAAAGUAUUGGUAAUAAUCAAAUCUCUGGAGCUGUGUCUUCCUGUCGGGCGACCUGGCUUCAUGUGAACAGUGUGUCCACUCUUAGGCUAUAUCCAAUUGACAUUCUAUUGAAAUGAUGGAAAUGGUGACUCAAUAUUCAUUCUUUACCACUUGAAUGUGUCGGCCUUCUCUGGUCAUAGGUGGUGACGUAGAAGACUUUUUUCCCCUUAAUCUGGGAAAUAAUGGAAACGAUUUUGACGUAGUAUUAGCUGACAUUUCAGCAGACGGAGAUGCAUACAGACGAUCACAAACCUGGAGACAGACAAGUAGAACUGCAUCCGCUUUCAAUUCCCAUGGUUUGUAACAGCGGUUUAACAUUUUUAGCAUUGUUAUUUGAAUAAUUAAAACACACUUUGUAUUUACAAUUAUAUGUUAUUCUUCCUUUCAUUAAAGGGGUCUAAAACAUUG